AUGCUGGUGGGUGGUGGUGGUGGCAGCGGUGGUAAUACAAACAAGCCCACAACGACCCUACAACACGUCCGCGUACGCUACGCCCCACGCGAUGUCUGGGCGAGCAUGGAUCCCGCAGACAAUCUGGGGCGCAUGGUCGAGCGAGGCAUCUGGUUCGAUGAGGAAGGCGGGGAGCGCGAGGGCGAGGGCGCUGCGUUUCGGGCCGUGUGGAGGGAGUUGGAGGAAACAUGGGGGAUAUGGGAGGGGCAUGGGCGGUUUGGACUCGAGGCCCGGGUGGAGUUGGUGCCGUGGGAUGGUGAUGUGGAUUCUGGGCGGGUGGGGGAUGAGUUGGAUGUUUUGUUUAGUAGGGGGUGA